AUGGCGCAAGGACGAAGAACAUUUUCAAGCACCCUGCCCAAGGACUUUAUGUUCCAUGCUUUCGACGAGCCUCGCACUCCAACAAGACCCUUCCAGGAGCCGGAAGGGCCCCCUCCCCCACCACAUCAUUCGUCAUACCGUCUUCGAAGGCCUCGACUUGAUCUUUUGCCGCAAUUUGGAUCUAAAAUGAUACCAUUCUGCUCCCCCGACACCCCUCUGCCUUCUAUAGAGUUCUCCCAGGCAGUGGACCCUCCAUCUUCCGACUCCUUACACCAAAGUUCUACUGCGCAGUCACAAAAUAGCCUUCUGGAUGUGCCACAACGAGAGCGAUGCGACCCGAAAACCCCCGAAGCUCAAGUCUUUGAUGAUGUCGUUGCUCUCAACCGUAAUUGGAGAGACGAGAAAAUGACGCCAAGGACAGAUCCUAUUUCGCGACCAUCGUCAGCAUGCUCAAAUCUCUCAGACUCCUCUGUGUCUUCCAGUGGAUCUUUCGACUCACGCCCUUCUUUUGGUGGCAGCUGUACGAGCCCGGAGAGUGAAAUUAGCGACCCUUUUGUCAUGCAGUCUUAUCCUGAGCGUAAACAGCCCUGCGAGUCACCUUGCAAAUAUAUGCAUUCCCGUGGUCUAUCUCUCCAGUUACCUGCUGGCCCCAGAUGGACCUUGGAAAUGGAUAAUCAUUUGUGGAAUACUUACCAGAUGUAUCUCCAAGAUCCCACCAUAACCCCUUUCAAAACCAUUCCUGGGAGCCUCCCACCUCUCGGCGUAUCUCAUCGAGUUUCCAGAGAGGCUAGAAGAACGUGGCCGAGAGUAAAGCACGGUCUUUCCAAAAAUGCUUUUGAGGAAACCGGUAAAGACGUUGAAUUAAAAAAUGAAAUGAAGAGUGGCAGCUGUACUCCUACAGCCGGAGUUAGUGGUUCUACCAAACCUCUCUGGCCGCGUUCGGAUGCAUCAACUAGAAAGAGGUUAAAACAAUUGUGUAGAAGGAGAUUUUCUAUCGCACCACACUACCAAAGGCUGCUACAGUCCCGAAGCCCCUCACCUUUCCCUGAACCCUUUGUUCAAUCUUCCUCUAACUCACUGCCCGCGUCCGGUUCUUACGGUUCUCCAAACGCAUUUUCGCGCGACCUAGGAGUUUCACUUGUCGCUACUUCACUUCCCGCAAAUAUUCCGAAGAUCAAUGUUGAAAACAGACAUUCAAGCCCCCCCGAGACGGAUUGGUUUAACAAGAUAGCUGAGAAACCCUCUGAAGUGGGGUUAGAGACCCAGCAGGUUCUACAACCUCCAGUCCACGGCGGACCAGCACUGAUCCCCCGUCUUGGCUCUCCCUUCAUGUACCAUACUUGGGGCCCUGAUAACCUUCGCCGCCGGGUACACUCGGCUGCUGUAAACUUGCCGGAGACCGUUCAUGGAACGGGUUCAAGGUUAAGAUCUUCUAUUCCCCCUGAAAUGUUGCCCGGAGCCCAUAAGAGGCGCGCAAUCAAUCAGCUGGAGGAUGAGGUCAGCCCUGAUAGAAACGCACCGACAGAAUAUCUCCCACAACCAUUGAAGGACAAUGGAAAGAACCAAAAUUAUCGACGAGUGAGAUUGCGAAACCGCGGGGCAACAAUGGGCGGGUUGAACUCGAGAGACCGAUUAAGCCAGUUAUUUACCCCACCGUCAUUGUUUAGCUCGAAUGAAAGCAGUGAUAAUGUGGCCCAUUCAAGCACUUCGCAAGUUGAAGCACCAAAAGAAGAGAUCAAACGACUUGGCUCACCUUUCAACUUGGAUUUGUCUAAAGGCCGACGCAUGCAGUCCCGGCAUGCACCGUCGCGUUCAGAGUCAUUCAUUCUUUGGAAACCUACUCGCGCAAGAGCUGCCAGCCUGCAAAACGCCCAGACUCCGCGCUUUGAGAUCGGCAAUACUGUUACGUCGCAUCUGACCCCAGAAGACCUUUACACAGACGCCCAGUUGACGCCAACACCCGAAGUUCCUGCCCCUGACGCCCACCAAGACUACUUAUAA